AUAUAUCAUCUGCAAACACUUCAAUCUAAUAUUACCCUCCAUUUCUUGCUCUGAAACUGCUUUUUGAAUUUUCCAUUUUUAAGUCCUCUUGCCUGCUCAUCGCCAUGGAAAACGGUUCAGAUGAAGAUAUUAGCAGGCAGCUACAGGAAACCCUAGACUCUGAUCCUAACAACUAUUCACACCAUUACAACCUCGCUGUUUUCUUUUGGGAAAACGGGGAGAAGAGAAAGGAGUGGAGGGACAAGGCAGCUGAACAUUUGGUUCUAUGUGUGAAACUAGACCCCAACAAUGGAGAUGCCUUUCGAUUGCUUGGCCAUUAUUACAGUCAUGUAUCGGUUGAUGUGCAGAGAGCUGCAAAGUGCUACCAAAGAGCAGUAUAUAUCAGUCCAGAAGAUAGUGAAGCAGGGGAAGCCUUAUGUGAGUUACUGGAUGAGGGAGGGAAAGAGAUAUUGGAGGUCAUUGUAUGUCAAGAAGCUUCCAAAAAGUCACCUAGAGCAUUUUGGGCCUGGAGGCGUUUGGGUUACUUGCAGGUUCAUCAAAAGAAAUGGAUGGAUGCCGCUCAAAGUCUCCAACAUGCCGUUCGGGGCUAUCCUACAUGUGCUGAUUUAUGGGAAGCUCUGGGUCUUGCAUAUCAACGGCUGGGCAUGUUCACUGCAGCUGUAAAGUCGUAUGGGCGUGCCAUUGAACUGGAGGGGGGCUCAAGGGUAUUUUCAUUAAUCGAAAGCGGCAACGUACUAUCACUUCUUGGUUCGUUUAGAAAGGGAGUUGAGCAGUUUCGCCUUGCAUUGGUGAUUGCACCUGAAAAUUUGGCUGCCCAUUAUGGGCUUGCUUCUGCACUGCUUGGAAUGUCAAAGGAAUGUGUAAAUUCUGGUGCCUUUAAAUGGGGAGCUUCCUUACUUGAGGAAGCCUCUGACAUUGUCAGAGGAUGUUUGCACUUAGCAGGAAACAUUUCUUCCAUGUGGAAGUUGUAUGGGGAUAUUCAGUUUGCAUAUGCAAAAUGUCAUCCCUGGGCCAUUGAAAUGAAGUGCACCGAAAUUAACGAGGAGUCCUUUACAGCAUCUGUACUUUCCUGGAAGAAAAAGUGUUGUUCGGCAGCAAGAUGUGCUAAGCGUUUGUAUCAAAAAGCUCUCCAUCUAGCUCCAUGGGAAGCCAAUCUCUCGUCAGAUGUUGCUAUAUCUCAAGAUCUCUUCUGCUCUUGGGAAGAGGAAAUUGCCCUGGAUGAGCAUGAUUUGCAGCUAGCUGAGAAGAUGUCUUUGGGUGCCUUGAUGAUUGAGGGCAACAACGAUGAGUUUUGGGUCAAACUAGGCUGCUCGUCAAAAAAUAAAGCAUUGCAACAACAUGCUCUUAUCAGGGCCUUGCAAUUGGAUAUCUCCAAUGCGACUGCCUGGGCUUAUCUUGGAAAGCUUUACAAGAAACAUGGUCAUAAUCUACUGGCCAAGCAAGCAUUUGAUCGAGCUAGAAGCAUAGAUCCUUCACUGGCAUUGCCGUGGGCAGGAAUGUCAACUUAUGUUCAUGACGGGGAGUGUUCCCCAGAUGAGGCCUAUGAAAGCUGCCUGCGUGCCGUGCAGACACUGCCAGUAGCUGAAUUCCAAAUGGCUCUUGGACAGCUUGCUCUUCUUUCUGGUCAUCUUCAUUCUUCUGCAGUAUAUGCGGCUGCAAAGCAUGCUGUUCAACGGGCACCCCACUCUCCUGAGGCGCAUAAUCUACAUGGCCUGGUCUCUGAAGCAAGAAAAGAUUAUCAUUCUGCAAUUGAUGCCUAUAAGAUGGCCAUGUACUGCAUUAACAGUUUUGCAAAGACAGCUUCACAGUCUGAUUAUAGUGACAUACGCGUCAACCUAGCUAGAUCCCUUUGCAAGGCAGGGCAUGUACUUGAUGCUAUACACGAAUGUGGCAUAUUGCAAAGUGAAGGUCUACUGGACUGCAUGGGGCUACAAGUAUAUGCAGUGACCUUAUAUAGACUAGGCAAGAAUGAUGAGGCCCUCCUUGUUACGAAAAAAUUAGUUGAGAUGGUUUCAUCUAUGAACUGGACAAGUGGGGCAGCAACACUAGCAUUGGUGUGUAAAUUGCUGUACCACAUUUCAGGCCAGGAGACUGCAGCAGCUAUGGUGUUAAGCAGCCCUCGAGAAUUGUUGCAAAACUCAAAAUUGAGUACUGUCGCCUGUUUGGUUACUGUUCUUGACUUGUCUGGCGUGCAUAGACUGUUUUUCCAAAGUAGCUUUCAGAAGCUCUUCUCCCAUGAAGAUGCUCCAAUAUUACACUCUUUACUUGCUAAGGGUAUACAGAUUUCACAUGGAACAGAUUUGAAUCUGGGAAUCAAGAAUGCAUCUCUUUACCUAAGAAGGGUUUUACACAUGUAUCCUGAUAGUAAUUUGAUAAGGAACCAACUUGCUUUCCUUCUAUUAUCCAGCAGAGGUCCAACAGCUUCUCACACUGCAAUAAGAUGCAUUGAUAUGGACCCACAUGCACAACCUGUGGCCAAAGGCUCAAAGUCAGCAUUUGAGAUUCUAGGAUCAGCUGCAGUUUCAUGUUAUGAUUGUUGCACCUCGAAAUCCAAGUUAUCUUUUCAAACAUGUAAACAUAAGUUUGGGACAAGCUCAAUACAACAAUUACAGAGGUGGUUGCAUCGGUACCCAUGGAACCGCAAGGCAAGAUACUUUCUUAUUCUUAAUCUCUUCCAAAAGGCUCGUGAAGAGAGAUACCCUCGCCAUCUUUGUGAUAACCUUGGGCGCCAACUAACUGUUGCUCUUAAUGACCAAGGAAAUCAUGUGGAGAUAUAUUCAUCUUAUCAGAAGUUCCAACUUCUUUUAUGUGCUUCUGAAAUAAGCCUUCAAAUUGGAGCCUCUUCUGAUAGCAAAGCUUACGCAACAAGUGCUCUGGGCAUUCCAGUACCAAACAGUGUGCUCUUUUUUGGACACUUACAAUUAGGUCGUAUACAUGCAGCAUCUGGGAAUAUGGCGGGCCUAAGAGAAGAAUGCAGCCAGUGUUUGCAACUUGGGACCAACUUUGAAAUAGGGUGGAUAUCACUCAAAAUGAUUGGGACUAGAUACAAAUUGCAGAUAAGUAUGGAUGAGAUUGAUGCUUAUUUUGAGGCUUGCCUCAAAGAGAAAGAUGAGAACUCCCAGAGCAUGUGGAGGGCAAUAAUUGCCCUAGUGGAUGGCCAGGGUUUCAUUUUGGAUAAUGAUCUUGAUAAGGCGGAACAAGCUCUGGCUCAUGCUUGUUCUAUAUGGGACGAAGAUAGUUGCCUUCAUCUUGUUCAUGGUGCAAUUUGUUUGGAGCUUGCAAGGCAACGAUCUGGCUCUCAAUUCUUAUCUCAAGCAUCGGAGAGUCUUUCAAAAGCUCAGGAAAAUUCUGAUUCACGUUUACCUUUUGUCUCUGCUUUGUUGGCUCAAGCUGAGGCCAGCCUUGGUGCCAAAGCCAAGUGGGAGAGAAACCUGCAACUUGAAUGGAUGUCUUGGCCUCCAGAUACUCAAACCACAGGUGUGCUCCUUUCUGUUUGGGAGAACUUACCACAGCCUGUGUUGUAGGCUACACUGGUAAUGCAUCCAGCGUUCUUAAUGGCGGAUGGUGGAGAUUAAGCUUGGCUUCAGCAAUGGACAUUCACGUAGGACUAGGGGUGAUAAUCAGGUUGGUUACCUGCUUAUUCUGGGUCUGGAGCUGCCUGCUGGGCCUGCUGGGCUUGCAGGUCAGGUCUGGUUCCACUUGGCCUGGACCUUAUUUGGUUUGGUUCUAGCCCAUACCUAACUAGGUCAGGUUGGGCUUUGGUGCCAAUCCGACCAGGAAAAUAUAGAUGACCAGGACCACCCUAUUUGGCAGGUCAGGUUUGGGUCGGGGCUGAUCCAAAACCCGGACCCGACAUGUUUACAGGCCUAUUAGGACUACGGUUAAUCUCAACCAUCCAUCAUGAGAAGACAUGGUGGAUCCGACGGCAAGCAAAUCUAAUAAAAAAAUCAGGUUCUUGGUCUCAUGCUUUGUCUUGUAACUUCCAGAGAUGAGACCAGCGGAGCUAUAUUUUCAGAUGCAUUUGCUCACCAGGCAAUCUAAAGCAUCAUCAGAUACAUCAAACAGCUCGGAAUCGAAUAAAAGCUCAAUGCUAUGGAUCCUUCGAGCCAUACACUUGAAUCCCUCUUGUUCAAGGUACUGGAACGUUUUACAAAAGUUAAAGAAUGAAUUC